UGGAAGGUAUGUUUUGACAGUGUCAAUGUCAAUCCGGAUCGGUCGAAUCCGAAUCGGAUCAUUCCGAGUAGCUGAGCAAAUUUACUUAUAAAUUGAUUUUAUCGGCAAUAUAUAUGUAAUUUUAAUAGAAGUUAAUCUUUACAGAGAUGCUGCGUGCAGUCGUGUUAGGCUCAGGUUUGGUUAGUAUGAUGCCGUCGGUGAACGCUGCUACUCCCGUUAAGAAUGAGCCAAACGAACCAGCGAGACCUGCGCCAAUGAGGCCCUCAGAACUACCAAUUUAUGAAGCACCGCAUGCUGAAUACGCCCACUUUGAAGAAUCCAAAAGACAUUCAAAAAAAUCUGGCUACAUAAGGACAGCACUCCAGGGUCCCGUGCGCGUGGUGCGCGAACAAAUACAGACGGUGUGGGCUCACACGGACUCCAUCAACAAUGCUGUGCAUGACAACUUUAAUGAAUUCCAAGACAGGACUCAAUGGAUUGUUAGAUAUCUCCGUGAAGAGGAAAAUAAGCAGGUGCGCACCGGUGCCGUGGUUAUUGGCGGCGUCACGGGAUUCAUCUUUGGGCUUCGAGGAGGGAUAAUAAGGAGAGUCUUCUAUGCCGGCCUGGGUACCACAGCUAUGGGUAUGAUUUGCUUCCCCGAGGAAACAAAAGAGUUUUCCAGGAACAAUGGAGUACUUGCAAAACAGUAUAUCAACAUUGCAUACAACUUUCUGUAUGGAGUAAAGCCAGGUGACCCUCAACUGGAAGUUCAUUUCCCUGAGCUGUCAUUUCCCAAAAACUUUUCGGAGUUUGUGGACUUGAGUGGCUCAGUGGCUUCGUCCGUGAAGCAGGCAGUCAUGCCGCCGCCCACUAAGGAAGCAGCUGAUCCUAAAGCAACAGAAAAAAAAUAAUUAGGUGGCAUUUUCAGUCAAGUAACAAUUUAAGCAUGAAAAUGGUUACGUACGUAUGACGUCCUAUUUGUGACAAUGAAAUCUUUGCUACAACUACAAUAACCAAGAAAUGUACUUGUAUUCUAUUAAGAUAGUAUGAACAGUGUCAUUUAAAUAAAACAUCGCAAUAAUCAUAAA